AUGGGUGGUGCUCAUGCUGUAAGCAGACUGAGGCAUAAGACUAAGCGUCACACAAGAGAUUUCGAUCAAGUGUGCGCCGACAUCAAAUCAGCUCGUCAUCUUGAGCUAUACAAAAACACCAAAGAUGUAGAAGACCUUCCAGGUCUUGGACGCCAUUACUGCAUCGAAUGCUCAAAAUGGUUCGAGAGUGAAUACAAUAUGAAGGCUCACAAAAAGGGCAAGAUUCAUAAGCGAAGGCUUCGUGACCUUAAAGGUGAACCUCACACUCAACAAUCUGCCGAGGCUGCCGUUGGACUGGGAAAGGUAGACAACGGCAAGCGAUCAGAGACUGUGGCCAUGGAAAUGGACUGA